CCGCCCGCUCGCCCCUGCGCCGCCGCCUCCAGGCCGCUCUCGGGUUAGGACCCUGCGAGUGGUUCUGGCCGUGUCUUCCUGGAGGGCCUCCUCCGCGUCCCGCCGGCCGCGGUGAAUGCCGCCCGCGGUGCUCUGACCUGUGCAGCCGAAAUGCCCGCGCUGCGAGGGCAGGGCUUCAUCGUAAGGCCUCAUCAGCUCCUGUCCCUUCUGUGCCCUGGACUCCGGAUACCUCGACUCUCAGUACUCUGUGCUCAGCCCAGGGCCAGAGCCAUGGCUCACUCCCCAUCCUCCUCCUCCUCCUCCUCCUCCUCCUCCUCCGGGGCACUACCCCUGGUGGCUGUGUGCCAGGUAACGUCCACACCAGACAAGCAGCACAACUUUAAAGCGUGUGCUGAGCUCGUUCGAGAGGCCGCCCGACUGGGCGCUUGCCUGGCUUUCCUGCCUGAGGCAUUUGACUUCAUUGCACGCGACCCUGCAGAGACUCUGUACCUGUCUGAGCCACUGGGUGGGAGCCUUUUGGGAGAAUAUACGCAGCUGGCCAGGGAAUGUGGACUCUGGCUGUCCUUGGGUGGCUUUCACGAGCGUGGCCAAGACUGGGAGCAGACUCAGAAAAUCUACAACUGUCAUGUGCUUCUGGACAGCGAGGGGUCGGUAGUGGCCACUUACAGGAAGACGCAUCUGUGUGACGUAGAGAUUCCGGGGCAGGGGCCUAUGCAUGAAAGCAGCUCUACCAUGCCUGGGCCCAGUCUCAAGUCCCCCGUCAGCACACCAGCAGGCAAGAUUGGUCUUGCUAUCUGCUAUGACAUGCGGUUCCCUGAACUGUCUCUGGCAUUGGCUCAGGCUGGAGCAGAAAUACUUACCUACCCCUCGGCUUUUGGAUCCGUAACAGGCCCAGCCCACUGGGAGGUGUUACUGCGGGCCCGUGCCAUUGAAGCUCAGUGCUACGUAGUGGCAGCAGCACAGUGUGGACGCCACCAUGAGAAGAGAGCAAGUUACGGGCACAGCAUGGUGGUGGACCCCUGGGGAACCGUGGUGGCCCGCUGCUCUGAGGGACCAGGCCUCUGCCUGGCCCGAAUCGACCUCCGUUAUCUACGCGAGUUGCGCCAACACCUGCCUGUGUUCCAGCACCGCAGGCCUGAUCUCUACGGCAGUCUGGGUGGCCCACUGUCUUGAGACUUCUCACUUUGGGGCGCUGAGACCCCCAUUGUGAGCCGGGGUUGCUGUAACUUAUGGGCAGGACCCAGGCGCAGCUCCCCUCACUUGGAGGCUCAGCUUCUUGGCAAAGAAGAAACUCACCUGAGCUCAGAUUUCAGUUUCAGAAAGGUGGAAUUUUAUAUAGUCACUGUUUAUUUCAAGAGAACUGAAAUUAUGCUGAGGGCUGAGCAGCACUGGCAUUGAAAAAAAAUAUAAUAAUCAUAAAGUCUGUGUGUGGACAUCUCCUUCGGGAGCUGAAAUGGGAGGUGGUGCUGGACCAGCAGACUAGGAGCCAUCCAGGCCUCCUGGCUCACGCCACAGGCCUCCCUACCUACAUAAAAGUGCGACACUCAGUGCAUGGCCUGGCCCCAUGCUCCCAAGCCCAGGAGUGGGAGUGGGGGCGGGGGUGGACAAAAAAGGGAGCUGAUACUAAAUUCCUUCACUUUCACCUACUGUGCCCUGUGCCCAAGCCAGAAGGAUGCAAAGGGGAAAAGGGCUGCAGGGUCCAUCAUUUAUUUUCACUUGAACAUGGAAGGAAGGCUCACACUCCCCCUUCCCCUUUUCAGGGGGAGUCUAUUUUCAUCAGCAGCCUCGCCCCGCCCACCCGUGCAUGUGUGCACAGACACACCGCAGUCAGUGGGGAGGGGCGACCAGACUGACCUAUUCCUCUUACCUACUCUCCCCUGAGGGUUUAACAAAGGGGACAAAGGAGGAGCCACACCAGGCAGAGGUCUCGGCCAUGGUGUGGAGGGAAUGAGGCAGAGGAGCAGCACCAGAGGCCAGGAGACAGUGGGAAGGGCCACAGCUUGUUUUUAAAAAAUUCUGUAAUUUGGGAGAGGGUGGUGAUUAAUUUCCAAAACCCACUUCCGAGUCCCACCUUCCACACAGCUCCCUUACUCACAGCCCUUUGGUUUUUCAGACAGGAUUUAAGAGCCCUCAUGAAGCCAGUAGCACUGCUGACCCCCACGCACGCACGCAGACGCAGUGUUCACUUCAGUCCCUUAACGGAGACUGCGCUACAGCCUUUGCUUGUCCCUGCACAUCUGUCUUCUGGCUCAGUGGCAAGGUGGCUGUAGACACAUGGGGUAAGUGGGAAGGGGGACAAACAGGAAGCCCAGGCACAUGGCUGCAGGGAGGGGUGGGGACACCGCUUCCAUAGUUCUUUGUCUUUUCCUUAAAAAAAAAAAAAAAAAAAAAGGCAGGGCUGUGACUGGUUGGCAGGG